GCUGUCAUACUAAUGUGUGUGGGUGGCAUCUCGCAGUAAAUGUAUGGGAAGUGCUCUCUCCACUCUUGAGUGCUUGUAACUUAAUGUUGCUGCUUCACAGGAACGUUCCCAGAGGCUAGCUGUCUGAAGUCUGAAGGCUGACCCAGAGAGAUGCCGAAUCCAUUGGAGAGCAGCUCGGCCAGGACACCGAGCUCUCUCCCACUCGGUUCAUGGGGCUGAUGGCUGAAGGUACUGGAGCCAUGCCUACGGUCAUCUGGACUCCCGGUUUUCGGCAGUUUCGAGCGAAAUUGCUCAGGAAACGUGUUUUUUUCUAUUUUCUCCUGUGUAUCAGCUGCUGGCUGCUUCUGAACGCGUCAACAUUCAUCCGCAGGAGUCUUUUCGCAGAUUACUGCACUGACCAGAGGAGUAAAGGGAUCCUCCGUACACUGUGUCAAGACUACAGACAAGGUGUCUUAACAGGAGAUUUAUGUAAGGAUUUAUGUGUGACACAGACUAUGGUUUACAAGCGCUGUCUUUACUAUGACAAAGGGAAAAAAGUCAUCCAGGCUGAUUGGAAUGGGCAGCCCAUCAUACUGAAAUCCAAACUAGAGAACUUCCUGAGCUAUGAAAGUCUGUACCUAUUGGAUGAGCGGGAAAGCAGACCCAUUCCAGAUGUCGAUAUCCUUGUCUUUACUGCACUUGAAAUCAAGCACUCCUUGGGACUAGAGGUGAAGAAUGUCACAAUACCACAGCUAUGGACCAAGCACCUAAAAGGCAGGACAGGCUCGUUCUCAAGGGCAGAGCUGUCUAGUAUGUGGUCCCUCUUUCAGCAGGAGGAGUAUGUGUUUUUCCAGUUGUUGCAGGACCUCAGUAAGCACGUUCUCAGAGUAAUUGGUUCCUGUGGACAUUUCUAUGCUGUGGAGUACCUUACAGCUGGUCACGCAUGGCACCGCAGCCUGUUCUCCAUUGAAAAACUGGUCCCCCUUUCCUGGCGAGGCAGUAGCAGAAAGGCAUGGUGGCAGGUGACAAAUAGAAUUGCAUUGAGCUUCCUCGAAUUGGCCAGGCAUUUUGAGAAUGACUUUUCUUACCAGCUUCAUCUUUGUGAUAUCAAACCAGAAAACUUUGCCAUCAGGGCUGAUUUAACGGUUGUUGCGAUUGAUGUUGACAUGGCAUUUUUUGAACCCAAAAUGCGUGCCAUCCUUGAACAAAAUUGUACGGAUGAUGAAGACUGCAACUUUUUUGAUUGUUUCUCUCGAUGCAAUAUUGAGACUAAAACAUGCAGAGCAGAACGUUCAAAUAAUAAUCUCCAGGUUAUUUGUGAUAAGAUUUUUCGCCCCUUGUUCUCACCAAGGCUAAGUGAGUUAAGGGUGUACCACCCAUUGCAAUCCCAGCUGUACAAAGCAGUUCAAAGAUGUGCUGAGCUGUCUGGCCAGGGCAAUGUGGACAAGAAGACAAUGGAGAUUACAUUCUCUGAACUGUACAACUUAUUUAAGGCCUGCCAAAGAGACAUGUGAAAUCUAAACAACAAAUUGGCUGUCAAAAAGGUCAAAGAGCUAACUGUGGAAAUUGCUGUUGAAAUGUGAACUUGUUUGCAUAGUUCAUCAUAAUGUGUGUAGCAAUGAUAAGCAAGCAAUGUGGCAAAGAGUCAAGAAAGAACUAACUUGUGUUAUUUAAAGCUCUAUUUUGAUACAGCUAAAAGAUAUUUCCCCGACCAUCUGCCACUGCUCACUUUGUAACGGGUGUUUCCCUAGGUGCAAGCCCUGCUAAUGGUUGCCUCACCAAGCCAGCAAACUUUGCAGUGAUGGAUGGGAAACAUGGAUCCCUUGAUACUGUCUUCUCAGGGAGAAUAUAGUCCUCACAGUUAUGGAGAAAGAGGGAAGAGACAAGCAUUAGCACGGCAAUGGUAGGCUGAAGCAUUUGGCCACUCUGGUUGAAUUCCUAAACUUCGCUGGCCAAGCAAUUGUUUGUGCCAUAUAAUGGAGUUCAAUUAGAAGCAGUCGCCCAACAAAGACAAGUGACAAGAUACAGUAGCUCAACAGAUCUGGCAGCAUCUGUGGAGAGUGAAACAAAGCUAAUAUUUCAAGUCCAGUAUGACUCUUAUUUGGAUGUCAUGUGAGAAAUGAUCAACUUAACCACCACUAAUGCUGUUGGCUCUUGGUAACCCUGUGUUGCCAUGGUCCACACUGUGAAAACCAUGAAGGUGGCGAAUUCAGUGGAAAUUGAUAACAUGUUUUACAGGCAGCAGUUGACUCAAGUGUGAUCAGGGAAAGGAGUUAUGUGGGAACCAUAUUUCUGCAAAUGCUACAAGGUGCAAGGAGAAGGCCCUUAAGUAAAAGCAUUCAAGUGCACGAGCAGUAGGUGUGUGUGCACUUGGAAGAUAUUAUGUGAUAAGACUGAUCUCCACCAAUAGCACUUCCAGACAGAAACCUAAACAUUUGUGGCCAGCCACUUCCUUUCAUUCAGCUAUUCAACAGAAUCGAACUGUGAGCACAAAACACAAAGUGUUUAAAUUCAAGGAUUGUAACCUUCUUUUAAGAUGUACAUUCUGUCUUUAAAUUUGCUACCUUGGGAGAUCACAGAAAUUGUAUAAAAAGAUUGGGUGGGUGCCUACUGUAGAUGUGAUUGAUAAGCCCCACACCAAUUGUGAAUGAGACCUGGCAGGUAUAAUGCUCUGCGCCCUUGUGCCAUGGCCUGUCUCUGCAUCACAUACAUUGAUUCAACACAAAGUAUGUUGUAAGCUUUACAGUGUAAUGUGUUAAUGCUGUCUACCAGUUUCUCUAUUACAAGGUAACUACAGCAGCUACUGGAAGAAAGCACAAAAGACAUUGGCAGAGAUAAUGUGAACUGCAGAUGCUGGAGAAUCCAUGACGACAAAGUG